AUGCACUCUUCAAUAGGUAUAUCCACUCGCAACCAAUCCUCGACCGUCAAUUUUUCUCAAUCCGAGUCUGAUACUGAUCGCCCAACGACCAAGCCUGCCGUCUCCUCGAAACAGCAACGUACCGGUACCGUAGCCAACACGACACAAAAACCUCAAUACCGUGCGGUAGGAAAACACAGCGCGCGUGGCUGGGGCUUUAGCCAGCGUCUUGGGGCUGAGGGUGAGGCAGCGAGUGUGGCUGCCAAUACAAUGCCCUUGCCCACGCCGCCUGCCGCCUUGAUCAACGCAAGGCUCUAA